AUGGCCAAAGAUAAAGCAAAUCCUGGUUUAAAGAAAGGCAAAGAUUCUCUAAAUGAGAUUAAUAAAAAGAAAAAAUCUCCAAAAAAACGAAAGCAAUACUCUUUAGAAAAUAUUAAAUUAGCGUUAGAAGCAAUAAAUAAAGGGAUGUCCAAGAAAUUGGCUUCAAAAACGUAUGGUGUCCCUAGGACUACACUAAUUUUUCACACAGACCAUCCAGACAAAAAUGUGAGACCAGGUCCUCCUACCGUUCUGACAGCAAAAGAGGAAGAAGAUCUAGUAAAUUGGAUCAAACUUAAUAGCAGAAAAGGCUUUCCAAGACGAAAAUAA